AUAACUGGUUAUAGUCCGAUAAUAACUGAAUUCGAUCUCCCAGAAUAUAUACCUGAGGGAGAUAUUGAAUAUCCAUUUGAAGAUAUCGAUGAAAUUGGCGAUGAAAAUAAAAUACGCAGUAAUUGGUCAUCAAAAAGUGAUUAUCUUCUUUCGACCAUUGGAUUUAAUUUUGGCUUAGGCAAUAUAUGGAGAUUUCCCUAUUUAUGUUUCUUGCAUGGUGGAAGUGCAUUUUUUGUGCCCUAUUUUGUUAUGCUUAUAGUCGCUGGUAUACCUACUUUUUUUAUGGAGCUUUCUCUAGGGCAAUUUGCCAGCGUAGGAUGUAUAUCAGUGUGGAAAGUAGUUCCACUGUUCAAGGGCAUUGGAAUAUCAAUGCUAGUAUUGGCUUGCAUUAUAUGUAUUUUCAAUAAUACAGUUAUGGCUUGGUCGGUAUUUUAUUUUGCGAAUUCUUUGAAACUCACUCUUCCAUGGGCAACUUGUGCGAAUGAUUGGAAUUCUUUAGGUUUAUCAGUUCAAAAUGGAUCAUUAUUAUUAAAUGGUUCAUGUGUCUUGAAUGUUGCAUUGGAUGAUCCAACUUUAAAUACUUCUCAGUGCAAUGAAGUUCUUAUGAUGUCUGAUGCUUUUGACGAUGUUGGUUCAAUAAACUGGCAACUGGUAAUAUGUAUGCUAUUGGCUUCAUUCUUGACGUUUUUAUUUCUGUUCAAAGGCAUUAAAUCUGCUGGAAAAGCAGUAUACAUUAUUGUAAUCGCCCCAUAUGUUAUUUUGCUUGUUCUGUUCGUUCGUUUUCUUACUCUUCCUGGAUCACUAAGUGGAAUGCUUCAUUAUUUUUCUCCACGUUGGGACGUUUUAAAAAAUUUAACGGUUUGGGGCGAAGCUUCGGUUCAAGUUUUUUAUUCACUUUCUGUUUGUACAGGUGGUAUAGUCACUUUGGCCAGCUACAAUCGCUUUCAUAAUAAUAUAUUUAAAGACCUUUGGUUUUUAAGCAUCGUUGAUAGUGUGACCUCAAUAUUUUGUGGUGCAUUAAUUUUCUCGGCAGUAGGAUUUACGUGUUAUGAAAUGGAUAUACCACUCGAUAAAUUUCAAUUGAAAUCUGGAAUGCACCUUGUUUUUGUGCACCUUCCUGAAGCGAUUGCGAAAUUACCUGUGGCUCCGCUUUAUGCUAUUCUUUAUUUUAUUUUAAUCUCAAUGAUUCUUUUAACAACAACAAUGUUUGCAACGGAAACAAUUGUAUCAGCAAUCUGUGAUGAAUUUCCUGAGCGUUUGCGUCGAAAUCAUCGUCACGUUUUAACAUUCGUGUGUUUGUUUUUUUAUAUGUUUGGCGUUCCAUUCUGCACAGCUGUUAGUUCUGCUGGAAUUUAUUGGUUGAUGUUGUUAAACGAUUAUGUUUUGACUUGGCCACUUGUUAUUCUUGCGUUUUUUGAGUGCAUGGCGAUUUCUUGGGUUUAUGGCGUCGAUAAUUUGCUGGACAAUAUCAAAUGGAUGAUUCGAUUCUAUCCGCCUAUUUAUAUCAUUUGGAAGAUCCAGUGGAAAUUGAUCUGCCCUCUUCUAUAUUUGGUUAUAGUAUCUUUUGUAUGGCUAGGUUAUCAACCAAUGAAAUCUGGAAAUUACAUUUACCCGUCAUGGGCAAAUUUGAUUGGUUGGAUUAUCUCCUUGGCUCCACUUUGUUUCAUUCCAAUAACAGCACUUAUAAAGUUUUGCAAUGGUAAAGGUCCACUUCCACAGAGAUGGCGCGAUUUAUUAUUUCCUGAUGGCGAAUGGGGACCUGCUUUGGCCAUUCAUCGUGCAGAGUAUUAUCCUCUUCAAAUCCCUGAAGCAAGAAGACUUAUUAUACCUUCUAUUAAACCGAUUAUCAAUGGUAAAGAAUUCAUAAAUGAAUCAUUUGAAAAAAAGGCGAUUAAUAUGAUGGAUCAUUCUAUAACGAAUCACUCUCGAUCUCGUGCUUCCACCACUAUUCCUUCAUUCGAUCGUGAAACUGCCAUAUAG